AUCCCAUAGGUAACGGCUCCGUUAUCCCAUCGGUGACGGCUCUGUUAUCCCGGCACUGACGGCUCCGUUACCCCGGCCCUGACCAUGUCCACUCCGGACCCCCCCAUGGGUGGGACGCCGCGGCCGGGGCCCUCCCCGGGGCCAGGUCCCUCCCCCGGGGCCAUGCUGGGGCCCAGCCCCGGGCCCUCGCCGGGCUCCGCUCACAGCAUGAUGGGACCCAGCCCUGGCCCCCCCUCGGCCGGGCACCCACUGCCGCCGCAGGGCCCCGCUGGCUACGCUCAGGACAACCUGCACCAGCUCCAUAAGCCCAUGGACCCCCUGCACGAGAAGGGGCUGAGCGAGGACCCUCGCUAUGGGCAGAUGAAGGGGAUGGGGCUGCGGCCGGGCGCGCACGCAGGGAUGGGGCCUCCCCCCAGCCCCAUGGACCAGCAUUCCCAAGGGUACCCUUCCCCGCUCGGUGGCUCCGAGCACGCUUCCAGCCCGGUGCCGGCCAACGGCCCCUCCUCGGGUGCCGCCAUGGCCUCGGGACCGCUGGACGGAGCUGACCCACAGGCUCUGGGUGGGGGGCAGCAGAGCCGGGGCCCGACCCCCUUCAACCAGAACCAGCUCCAUCAGCUCCGCGCUCAGAUCAUGGCCUACAAGAUGCUGGCGCGGGGGCAGCCGCUGCCUGAGCACCUCCAGAUGGCCGUGCAGGGCAAGCGCCCUGUGCCCGGCCUGCAGCAGCCCAUGGCCACGCUCCCUCCGCCCGCCGUGGCCGGCACGGGGCCGGUGCAGGGCCAGGUGCAAGGGCCUGGAGCGGGACCAACACCUCCAAACUACAGCAGACCUCAUGGUAUGGGGGGGCCCAACAUGCCCCCGCCUGGACCCUCAGGAGUUCCCCCCGGGAUGCCGGGGCAGCCACCCGGGGGCCCCCCCAAGCCCUGGCCAGAAGGGCCCCUGGCCAACGCGGCGGCCCCCAGCAGCGCCCCACAGAAGCUGAUCCCGCCGCAGCCCACGGGGCGGCCCUCACCUGCGCCGCCGGCAGUGCCGCCAGCUGCCUCGCCGGUGAUGCCGCCGCAGACGCAGUCGCCGGGGCAGCCGGCGCAGCCCGCACCCAUGGUGCAGCUGCACCAGAAGCAGAACCGCAUCACCCCCAUCCAGAAGCCCCGUGGGCUGGACCCGGUGGAGAUCCUGCAGGAGCGCGAGUACCGGCUCCAGGCCCGCAUCGCCCACCGCAUCCAGGAGCUGGAGAACCUGCCGGGCUCGCUGGCCGGCGACCUGCGCACCAAGGCCACCAUCGAGCUCAAGGCACUGCGGCUGCUCAACUUCCAGCGCCAGCUGCGGCAGGAGGUGGUGGUGUGCAUGCGGCGGGACACGGCGCUGGAGACGGCGCUCAACGCUAAGGCCUACAAGAGGAGCAAGCGGCAGUCCCUGCGCGAGGCCCGCAUCACUGAGAAGCUGGAGAAGCAGCAGAAGAUCGAGCAGGAGCGAAAGCGACGCCAGAAGCACCAGGAAUACCUCAACAGCAUCCUGCAGCACGCCAAGGACUUCAAGGAAUACCACCGCUCGGUGAGCGGGAAGAUCCAGAAGCUGACCAAGGCGGUGGCCACGUACCACGCCAACACCGAGCGCGAGCAGAAGAAGGAGAACGAGCGCAUCGAGAAGGAGCGGAUGCGGCGCCUGAUGGCUGAGGAUGAGGAAGGCUACCGCAAGCUCAUCGACCAGAAGAAGGACAAGCGCCUGGCCUACCUGCUGCAGCAGACGGACGAGUACGUGGCUAACCUGACAGAGCUGGUGCGGCAGCACAAGGCGGCCCAGGUGGCCAAGGAGAAGAAGAAAAAGAAGAAGAAGAAGAAGGCAGAGAACGCGGAGGGGCAGCCGCCGGCCAUCGGCCCGGAUGGGGAGCCGCUGGAUGAGACGAGCCAAAUGAGCGACCUCCCAGUCAAAGUGAUCCACGUGGAGAGCGGGAAGAUCCUGACUGGCACCGAUGCGCCCAAGGCCGGGCAGCUGGAGGCAUGGCUGGAGAUGAACCCUGGGUACGAGGUGGCCCCGCGCUCCGACAGCGAGGAGAGCGGCUCCGAAGAGGAGGAGGAGGAGGAGGAGGAGGAGCAGCCCCAGCCCACCCAGCCCGCGCUGCCCGUGGAGGAGAAGAAGAAGAUCCCCGACCCCGACAGCGACGACGUCUCCGAGGUGGACGCCAGGCACAUCAUUGAGAAUGCCAAGCAGGACGUGGACGAUGAGUACGGGGUGUCGCAGGCACUGGCCCGGGGCCUGCAGUCCUACUAUGCUGUGGCCCAUGCUGUCACCGAGCGGGUAGACAAGCAAUCCACGCUCAUGGUCAACGGGGUCCUCAAGCAGUACCAGAUCAAGGGGCUGGAGUGGUUGGUGUCCCUGUACAACAACAACCUGAACGGCAUCCUGGCCGAUGAGAUGGGGCUGGGCAAGACCAUCCAGACCAUCGCCCUCAUCACGUACCUCAUGGAGCACAAGCGCAUCAACGGGCCCUUCCUCAUCAUCGUCCCGCUCUCAACUCUGUCCAAUUGGGCCUACGAGUUCGACAAGUGGGCUCCUUCUGUGGUCAAGGUCUCGUACAAGGGCUCGCCAGCAGCGAGACGCGCCUUCGUGCCGCAGCUCCGCAGCGGGAAGUUCAACGUCCUGCUCACCACCUACGAGUACAUCAUCAAGGACAAGCACAUCCUGGCCAAGAUCCGGUGGAAGUACAUGAUCGUGGACGAGGGCCACCGCAUGAAGAACCACCACUGCAAGCUCACGCAGGUGCUCAACACCCACUACGUGGCCCCGCGGCGCCUGCUGCUCACCGGGACGCCGCUGCAGAACAAGCUCCCGGAGCUCUGGGCGCUCCUCAACUUCCUCCUGCCAACCAUCUUCAAGAGCUGCAGCACCUUCGAGCAGUGGUUCAACGCCCCCUUCGCCAUGACGGGCGAGAAGGUGGACCUGAACGAGGAGGAAACGAUCCUGAUCAUCCGGCGCCUGCACAAGGUGCUGAGGCCCUUCCUGCUGCGCCGCCUCAAGAAGGAGGUUGAAGCGCAGCUGCCCGAGAAGGUGGAAUAUGUGAUCAAGUGUGAUAUGUCAGCGCUGCAGCGCGUCCUCUACCGGCACAUGCAGGCCAAGGGCGUGCUCCUCACCGACGGCUCUGAGAAGGACAAGAAGGGUAAAGGAGGCACCAAAACCCUCAUGAACACCAUCAUGCAGCUGCGGAAGAUCUGCAACCACCCCUACAUGUUCCAGCACAUCGAGGAAUCCUUCUCGGAGCACUUGGGCUUCACGGGAGGCAUCGUGCAGGGGCUGGAUUUGUACCGUGCCUCUGGCAAGUUCGAGCUCCUCGACCGGAUCCUGCCCAAGCUCCGCGCCACCAACCACAAGGUGCUGCUCUUCUGCCAGAUGACCUCGCUCAUGACCAUCAUGGAAGAUUACUUCGCCUACCGCGGCUUCAAGUACCUCCGGCUGGAUGGGACCACGAAGGCUGAGGACCGGGGGAUGCUGCUGAAGACAUUCAACGAGCCGGGCUCCGAGUACUUCAUCUUCCUGCUGAGCACUCGCGCCGGCGGCCUGGGCCUCAACCUCCAGUCGGCCGACACCGUCAUCAUCUUUGACAGCGACUGGAACCCGCACCAGGACCUGCAGGCCCAGGACCGGGCGCACCGCAUUGGGCAGCAGAACGAGGUGCGCGUCCUCCGCCUCUGCACCGUCAACAGCGUGGAGGAGAAGAUCUUGGCCGCCGCCAAGUACAAGCUCAACGUGGACCAGAAAGUGAUCCAGGCCGGGAUGUUCGACCAGAAGUCCUCGAGCCAUGAGCGCAGAGCCUUCCUGCAGGCCAUCCUGGAGCACGAGGAGCAGGACGAGAGCAGAUACAGCGCGGGCAGCGGCAGUGGCAGCUUCCCCCACACUGCCUCCACCCUGUGCCUGACCGCUGAGUUGGAGGAACCACCUCUAAAGGAGGAAGAUGAAGUCCCUGACGAUGAGACUGUCAACCAGAUGAUUGCCCGGCACGAGGAGGAGUUCGACCUCUUCAUGCGCAUGGACCUGGACCGGCGGCGCGAGGAGGCCCGGAACCCCAAGCGCAAACCGCGGCUGAUGGAGGAGGACGAGCUUCCCUCCUGGAUCAUCAAGGACGACGCCGAGGUCGAGCGCUUGACCUGCGAGGAGGAGGAGGAGAAGAUGUUUGGCCGCGGCUCGCGGCACCGCAAGGAGGUCGAUUACAGCGACUCGCUGACGGAGAAGCAGUGGCUCAAGGCCAUCGAGGAGGGGACGCUGGAGGAGAUCGAGGAGGAGGUUCGCCAGAAGAAGUCCUCCCGGAAGCGGAAGCGGGACCCGGACGUGGGCUCCAGCGCCGCCGCUGCAGCCGGCACCGCCAGCACCCGCAGCCGUGACAAGGACGAGGAGAGCAAGAAGCAGAAGAAGCGUGGGCGGCCGCCAGCGGAGAAGCUCUCACCAAACCCCCCAAACCUCACCAAGAAGAUGAAGAAGAUUGUGGAUGCCGUCAUCAAGUACAAGGACAGCAGCAGUGGACGGCAGCUCAGUGAAGUCUUCAUCCAGCUGCCGUCCCGCAAGGAGCUGCCCGAGUACUAUGAGCUCAUCCGCAAGCCUGUGGACUUCAAGAAGAUCAAGGAGCGGAUCCGCAACCACAAGUACCGGAGCCUCAACGACCUGGAGAAGGACGUGAUGCUGCUGUGCCAGAAUGCGCAGACCUUCAACCUCGAGGGCUCACUGAUCUACGAGGACUCCAUCGUGCUGCAGUCGGUGUUCACCAGCGUGCGGCAGAAGAUCGAGAAGGAGGAGGAGAGCGACGGCGACGACAGCGAUGAGGAGGAGGACGGCGAAGAGGAAGGCUCCGAGUCCGAGUCGCGCUCGGUGAAGGUGAAGAUCAAGCUGGGCCGCAAGGAGAAGGCGCCGGAGCGUGGUAAAGGCCGGCGGCGCACGAGCCGCAGCGCCCGCGCCAAGCCCGUGGUGAGCGACGACGACAGCGACGAGGAGCAGGAGGAGGAUCGCUCCGGCAGUGGCACCGACGAGGACUAAGGCCCCCGGCGGAGCCCGGACCCACAUUCCAAGGCCCUGGCGCCGUCCAUGUCCUGUGUGUGCCCCCCCCA